ACUGCAUCUGUUUUUCACUCCAAUGUUUGUGAUCAUUAUUUAACGAGCAGUUUAAUCUUGCGAAAAAUAAUAAAAAUAUUCAGUGGAAAACGCUUGCUGAAUUAUCGUUGGACGUGCGAUCGAUAAGAUACUAACUUCUGAUAAAGCCGUAGUUGAUGAAUGAGCCUGGAAGCCAAGUGAAUUUAUACGAAAACAUGAGUCAGCUUGUCUAAGCUGAAAAGGGGAUUUUUCCAUAUCGAAAAAGAAUGUCCUGGCAAUUUUCCUGGUCGGACGUGUGCCCCUCAGGAGUGCGGCCGUGGGUGAAAGAUUACAAUGAGUUGGCCCCAUGUUUCCAGGAAAUUUGCCUGCAACUUCCGAUCCUGGUACUGUUUGCGGUGUUUUCCUCCUUCUUCUAUGGAUGCCACUUUCGGCUUGUAUUCCGAAAUGCAACCCAGCGGAGAGCACUCCGGUUGCGAAUCGCUGCAGCUGGCGGACUUGGUCUGCUACCGGUGUUGAAGGUGUUCUACAUGAUACGAAUUCAUGGGCAUAUUUAUCCGAUUGAUGUGCUGCUGUCGUGCGUGCAGUUUGUGGCUUGGACGGUUCAUAUCGGAUUUUUGUCCAGUUGGAUGAAACGUGGUUCGUUGAGUCAUCGGGGGCCACUCUGGUUGAUAGUUUUGUGGACUUCGCUGCUAGCGCUGUCCGGUAUCUGGGUACAUACGAACUUUCGUUCGGAGUACUGGAUUUGGUAUGUGAGCGAUUUUAGUUUGUUCGUGGCUUACGGGUGCACACUGAUUGCUCCAGGGAAUGCCCACUAUCUGCGGGUGCAGAGAACGGCCGACGAAAGGCAGGCACUACUGUCGCAUACUUAUACCCGUUUUUUUGAGGAUAUCGACGAAUCUGCAUUGGGACCGAUUGAGGAUGAUGCUAGUUUUUUGUCCCGCCUGUUUUUCUACUGGGUGAAACCAUUGAUUGCCAAAGGAGUUGCCGGGAAGCUGCGAAAGAAUGAUGAUUUGUUUGAUUUGCCGGAAUGUCUCAAUAUGAAUCAGAUCGUGGAAAAACUUCAGAAGCAGCUGAAUUCUGCUCACUCGCUAUUUAAAGCACUGCAUAAGAGUUUUGGAUGGGAGUUUUACUUGAUUGGUCUGCUUCGACUGUUGGCGGAUCUUUCUGGGUUUGCUGGACCGGUGCUACUUGGAGGUUUACUGCGUAGUGAAAAUUUUAUCAAUGGAACCAACAGUUCGGAUGAUUGUGAACAGAAUUGUUUCACGGUAGAUAUACGACCGUAUUACUACGCGAUGGGUUUAAUGUGGUCAACUCUAGUAAGUUGCUUUGCUGGGGUGCAUUUCAAUUGGAGAAUGACGCUGGUGAGCACCAAAAUGCGCAUGAGCUUAGUUACGGCUAUUUAUCGGAAGUCACUGACCGCAAAAGGAUUGCGGAAUGCUCGUCCCGACAUACUCAAUCUGAUGUCCACCGACACUGACCGCAUCGUGAAUUCGUGCAUCAGCUUUCAUUCUUUGUGGAGUAUCCCGUUUCAACUGUUUACCACCCUUUAUCUUCUCUACACACAAUUGGGGCUAGCUUUCCUGGCCGGUGUGAUUUUUGCCAUCAUUUUGAUCCCGAUUAAUCGGCAGAUAGCACUGAAAAUAGGGCAACUUUCGCAAGGUCUGAUGACGGCCAAGGACGGACGUAUUUCCAUUACAACGGAAACGAUUACCGGAGCGAAGCACAUUAAGCUGAAUGCUUGGGAAGAUGUGUUUAUCGAUAAAAUUGAUCGGAUUCGUCGGGAAGAGGUUGGCUUCCUUUCGCGUCGAAAGUAUCUGGAUGCACUGUGCGUGUACUUUUGGGCUACCACUCCGGUGUUGAUGUGUUUGUUGACGUUCGGGACCUCGGUGCUGCUUGGAAGCACACUCACGGCUGCCACCACCUACACCAGUGUGGCACUGUUGAACAUGUUGAUUGGACCGCUGAACGCGUUUCCGUGGGUGCUGAACGGACUAACCGAGGCGUGGGUUUCGCUGAAGCGCGUUCAGGAACUGAUCGAUCUCCCAAACAUCGACUUGGCCGAAUACUACAAACCGCUUCAUCAGACGGACACCGCAUUCUCCGGAUCCUCUCGGCGACCGGUUGUUAUCGCAAUCAAGGACGGUCACUUUGAGUUCGAAGCGCAACGCAGCCGUAAAGAAUUGAAUCUGGUCCAAGAGGACAUAGUCGAUUUCCGGUUUGUCAAUUUGAAUCUUCACAUUCGCCAGGGUGAGUUGAUUUGUCUGGAGGGACCCGUUGGAGGCGGUAAGACCUCGCUAUUGGAAGUUAUUCUGGCAAAUUUCAAGUGUACACAGGGAAUCGUGGCGCUGGGGAAUGCUGACGACGGUUUCGGAUAUGUUGCCCAAGCGGCUUGGCUCCAGCGCGGAACCAUUCGAGAGAACAUUUUGUGGGGUGAGAUGUAUGAUGACGCUCGCUAUAAGUCUGUCAUCCACGCGUGUGCGUUGAAUUAUGAUUUGAAUAUGCUGAAAGGAGAUAGCACCGGAGUGGGUGAACAAGGACGGACGUUAUCCGGAGGACAAAGAGCCAGAAUUGCGCUGGCAAGAGCAAUUUAUCAGAACAAGGAAAUAUAUCUGUUGGACGAUAUACUAUCGGCUCUGGAUGCCCACGUGGCUUCGCAUAUAGUGCGGUACUGUAUUUUUGGAUUGCUGAAGGAUAAAACACGUAUCAUAGUAACUCAACACCCACUGGUUCUAAAUCGAGCCAAUCAGAUUCUGUACAUCGAAGGUGGAGUUGUGAGCCAAAGCGACAUCACGAGUUCCGCUUCGUUGAUCAGUGAUUGUGAUGAAGAAGGAGACAGUUCGUCGCACAACUUUGAUGUCGAGUAUGAACCGCAAUCUCCGAAGGGAGAUGACGACACCCGAAGUUUGGAUAGUGUAAUGGCCGAGGAGACCAGAGAAUUUGGACACCUCGAUAGGAAGGUGCUGGGUGCCUAUUGGCGAGCAAUGGGUCGAUCUCUUGGCUUUUGGGUUAUCUUUCUGGUUCUUUUGAUGCAAGUGUCUCGAAACUUGACGGACGCAUGGCUUGCCUAUUGGGUGGGUGCCUCAUCGCCAGCAGCAGUGCUACCACCCGUCAAUAGCACUUUGAUGCUAGAACUGAAUCAACAACAGUACAGCAGUGUAUGGAGUCAAAACUAUUUUCAGAGUUUUAUUGCGAUGGCGCGGGACUUCUUCGUUUCACUGAUGAAGGGCGUAAAUCAUCAUUCGCAGUUGUCAGAGGAAUUACAACAGGAAGCUUUCCUGGCAGAGAAUGAUAACAAAACGCUUACACUGUAUUAUUUGGGAAUUUACAGUGCAUUCGCGGUAGGAAACUCGCUGAUUACCUUCAUUCGUGCAUUCCUGUUCGCCUAUGCCGGAAUCAAGGCAGCAAAGUGCGUUCACGAUAAGCUACUAAAAAGCGUUAUUUAUACCAAAUUCGAAUUCUUCGACAUCGUCCCACUGGGUCGCAUCCUGAAUCGUUUUUCCUCUGACGUCUACACGAUCGACGACUCGCUACCGUUCAUUGGUAACAUUUUGCUGGCACAGUUUUUCGGUCUGCUUGGUGCCCUCGCCAUCAGCCUGUAUGCCAUGCCCUGGCUCGGACUGUUGGUCAUUCCAUUGUGCCCGAUCUACUUGACGCUGCAGAAUCAGUAUCGGUACGCUUCUCGUGACAUCAAACGACUGUCCAGCAAUGCCCUGUCUCCACUGUAUGCACACUUCACCGAGACGCUCCAGGGAAUGGCAACGAUCAGGGCGAUGCGGGGGGAAGCUCGCUUUAAGCGGGACUUUAUUUUCAAACUGGGUGAAAGCAUCAAAGCCCAACUGUCAGCUUCAGCCGCACAGCAGUGGUUGGGUCUGAGAUUGCAACUGUUGGGUGCGUUCCUCGUAGGCGGAGCUGGAUUGUUAGCUGCCAUCACUUCCGCGCACUUGACUUCCCCGGAGAUGGUCGGGCUGGCUAUAUCUUAUUCACUUUCAAUCACCGGACUGCUGUCUGGGUUGCUGAAUGCAGUUUCCGAGACUGAGCAAGAGUUUGUCGCGGUCGAAAGAGUUAAUCAGUACUGCGAGCUGGAGCGAGAGCUUAACGCCGAGGGAACCGCUGAUCCACCGUUCGGUUGGCCAUAUCAGGGUGUUGUGGUGUUUGACGACGUAUUCCUAAGGUAUCGCGAACAUCUGCCUCAUGUCUUAAAGGGCAUUUCACUACACAUUUCCUCAUGCGAAAGAAUUGGUGUGGUCGGACGAACCGGUGCAGGUAAAACAUCCGUUUUAGCUGCUUUGUUACGUGUGGUUCCACUUGCGCAAGGAACGGUUACCGUUGAUAACGUUAACAUUUCCACGCUACCAUUGGAUGUUGUGAGAAGCCGGAUCGCCGUCAUUUCACAAGAUCCAUUUUUAUUCAAUGGAACUAUUCGUGAGAAUCUCGAUCCACGAAACCUCCACUUAGAUUCGGAAAUAUGGGAAGCCAUCACUCGCUGCCUGGCGAGCCCUUUGGUUCAGGCACUAGGCGGAUUAGAUGCCAGACUAGACCCAAGCGGAUCCAACCUGUCCGCUGGCCAGAAACAGCUACUUUGUCUUACAAGAGCUCUUUUAAAAAAGUCUAAAAUUGUCCUCAUUGACGAAGGAACGGCGAACCUAGAUUUCGAAUCGGAAUCAGCCAUUCAGCUGGUUCUGAAGAAUGCCUUCCGCGGCCGGACUGUGAUAUUGAUUGCUCACCGGUUAAAUGGUUUACAAAAUACCGACAAGAUCGUUGUGAUGAGGGAUGGGGAAAUUGCUGAACAGGGACCGCCUAAAGAUCUUGCCCAAAAUUUGGAAACAUUGUUCCAUUCGAUGCUGGAAGAGCAGCAUAAUACUGACUUCGCCAAAAAAUAGACUUUCUGUAUUAUUUUCGCCAGUUUGUUCUAGGUCGUUAUUUGAUUUUUUUUCUAAUUCCCAGAUUUUAGCAUUUAACCUGAAAAAUAACGUUUUCCUAUGAAUUAACUUUUAUUAUAUAUCAUUUAUGUUAUAGACUGUUUAAGUAAGCGAAAUAUGAAAAAAACUGAUCGAUACAGCAUCGAUCGUCCAAUCUA